CCCCUAACAGAUGGACGGUGAGUUUGAACAAACUCCCGGAGAUAGUGAAGGACAGGGAAGCCUGGAAUGUUGCAGUCCAUGGAGUUGCAAAGAGUCAGAUUUGACUGAGAGUCUGAACGAAAAAACUGCUCUCUGUAAUGCAAAAAGAAAGGAGAACUAGCGGGGGUGUUCUACAAAGAGAAUGCCUGAAAGGUGAGCAUCAAAUACAGGAUGUGAUUAGCAUAUCCGGUUAGUCUUGAUUAUCAACUAUGGGUCAGGAACAGAAAAAGUGAAGAAAGAGCCCAGAAAAGGGUGAGAGAAGCAAGAAAACGUUUCCUUCUUUUUUUUUUUUACUGCAUCAGUUGCAGGUUGCAGAGCUGAGUUGCUGCCUUUGAAGGUAUUUUCUCAACAAGUGGAUGGGGAGUUUGCAACAUAAAUCUGAUGCCUAAUGGGGGCCUGUAAGACUUCUAGUCCUGGAGGCCUUUUUGUUCCCAGUUUCUUAUAGGCAAAACUCCAGCCCCCAGGACCUUCUCUUAGUUUGAAAGAGUUGCUAAUCAGAGGAGGUAAUGAAACCACCUGAGGCAAGAUCAAAGGAGAAGAGGCUUGACAGGAUUUGAAGACCAGAUCACCGAAGACCCUUCACACGCCCUAAUCUAAGAGUCAAGAUUUUGGCAAAAACAUCCCCAAAGAAGAGGCAGAGCAGGAGGAAGAAGACGAAAUGGCAGCUUCACAGGGACAGCUGACAUUCCAGGAUGUGGCCAUAGACUUCACCCAAGAGGAGUGGGAAUGCCUGGACCUCGGUCAGCGGGAAUUGUACAGGGAUGUGAUGUUAGAGAACUACAGGAACCUGGCCUCCUUGGCAGGUUUUGUGGUCUCUAAGCCAGACCUGGUCACCUUUCUGGAGCAAAUGAAGGAUCCCAGGAAUAUAAGGAGAGUCGAGAGAACAGCCAUAUACACAGCUAUGUCUCCACAAGAUACCCAGAAUUUGAUGCCAAAAAAUCCAGGGUUAGAAGAUUUCUUCCCAAAAGCAAACCUACAAAUAUAUGAAAGAUUUCACCUCAGAAACUUACAUUUAAUGAAAAACUGGGAAUAUACAAGGGCAUGUGAAAGACAGAGAGGAUGUUUAUAUGCACAUAAAGAAAUUGAGACAGCUACACAUAAUAUGAACAUUACUGCAGAAACAUAUGAGCAACAUGAGUCAAAUUGGGAAAAAUACCAAUUUCAGUCUUCAACAUCUGCCAAGAAGUAUAAGAUUUUAAGAAAAGAUUUACAUCAUUUUUUGAAACAUGCAUGUUCUCUGAAAGGAAACGUGGAAAAUUUGGAAGGUAAUCUAGUCUCUAUUGCAAAUACUUGUUCAAAAAAUUCUCAAUAUAGACUUAGAUUAAACAAACAUUCAAGCAUGUCUGAGCACCAGAAAUUUAACAAUGAGGGGGAAGACUCACAAUAUAAUCAAUUUGAGGGAUCCGUGAGCAGGGGGUCAUUAUUCUUCCCCCAACAGAUAUUUUUUCUCCAUUCCAAGAUGUAUAAUGUUGAUAAUAAUGGAAGAGAUAUAAUCCAACCAUCAAUGUUCAAUACAUAUCAUGAUAUGGUUAAUACAGAACAACUUUCCAUGUGUAAUGAAAUGAGUCAGGCCUUAAGUGAGUGCUCCAGCCCCAAUAAUUACAAGAGUAUUUAUGAUGGAGUGAGAGGGUAUUCAGGCAAUGAAACUGGGUAUAAAGUUGAACAAGACUCAGACCUUAUGAAACAUCAGGGACCUGAAUCUUCAGAGAAGGAUUCUAAAAGUAAUAAAUGUAGAAAUACCUUUUAUCAGAUACCAGGUCUCCCUCUAUGUAAGAGUACUCAUACUGGAAUGAAGACUUAUAACUGUAGUGAAUAUGGUAAAAAUUUUAAUCAGUCUUCAGAACUUAUUCAAGAGCAGACUAUUCAGAGUCCACAGAAAGAAAAAAAGUAUAAUAAAUGUGGGGAAGUCUUUAGUAAGUCAUCCAAUCUAAAUAAACAUAGGAAAAUCCAUACAGAAAGGAAAUCUUCCAAAUGUACAGAACGUAGCGAAGCGUUUAUCCAUCACCCACUUCUUACUCAACAUCAACGAAUUCAUACUGGAGAGAAACCUUAUAAAUGUACAGAAUGUCGCAAAACCUUUAAUCACAACUCACAUCUUACUCAACAUCAGCGAAUUCAUACUGGAGAGAAGCCUUAUAAAUGUAAAGAUUGUGGCAAAGCCUUUAUCCGAUGCUCACAACUUACUCAACAUCAGCGAAUUCAUAGUGGAGAGAAACCUUAUAAAUGUAAAGACUGUGACAAAGCCUUUAUCCUAUGCUCACAACUUACUCGACAUCAGCAAAUUCAUAGUGGAGAGAAACCUUAUAAAUGUAAAGAUUGUGGCAAAGCCUUUAUCCGAUGUUCAUAUCUUAUUCAACAUCAGCGAAUUCAUAGUGGAGAGAAACCUUAUAAAUGUAAAGACUGUGACAAAGCCUUUCUCCGAUGCUCACAUCUUUCUCGACAUCAGCGAAUUCAUACUGGAGAGAAGCCUUAUAAAUGUAAAGACUGUGACAAAGCCUUUAUCCGAUGCUCACAUCUUUCUCAACAUCAGCGAACUCAUACUGGAGAGAAACCUUAUAAAUGUAAAGACUGUGACAAAGCCUUUAUCCGAUGCUCACAACUUACUCGACAUCAGCAAAUUCACACUAGGGAGAGACCUAAUCAUUUUACAGAACGUGGCCAAAUCUUUAUUUGGAGUUCAACUUUAACUGAACAUCAGCAAAUCCAUACUGGGGAGAGACCAUAUAAAUGUACAGAAUGUGGCAAAGCCUUUAAUCGGAACUCAAGUCUUACUCAACAUCAGCGAAUUCAUACUGGAGAGAAGCCUUAUAAAUGUAAAGAUUGUGGCAAAGCCUUUAUCCGAUGUUCAAGUCUUACUCAACAUCAGCGAAUUCAUAGUGGAGAGAAACCUUAUAAAUGUAAAGACUGUGACAAAGCCUUUAUCCUAUGCUCACAUCUUUCUCGACAUCAGCGAAUUCAUACUGGAGAGAAACCUUAUAAAUGUAAAGACUGUGACAAAGCCUUUACCCGAUGCUCACAUCUUUCUCAACAUCAGCGAAUUCAUACUGGAGAGAAACCUUAUAAAUGUAAAGACUGUGACAAAGCCUUUAUCCGAUACUCACAUCUUUCUCGACAUCAGCAAAUUCAUACUGGAGAGAAACCUUAUAAAUGUAAAGACUGUGACAAAGCCUUUAUCCAAUGCUCACAACUUACUCGACAUCAGCAAAUUCACACUAGGGAGAGACCUAAUCAUUUUACAGAACGUGGCCAAAUCUUUAUUUGGAGUUCAACUUUAACUGAACAUCAUCGAAUCCAUGCUGGGGAGGAACCACACAAAUGUAAAGAAUGUGGCAAAACCUUUAUUACAAGUUCAUAUCUUACUAAACAUCAGCAAAUCCAUACUGGGGAGAGACCAUAUAAAUGUACAGAAUGUGGCAAAGCCUUUAAUCGGAACUCAAGUCUUACUCAACAUCAGCGAAUUCAUACUGGAGAGAAGCCUUAUAAAUGUAAAGAUUGUGGCAAAGCCUUUAUCCGAUGUUCAAGUCUUACUCAACAUCAGCGAAUUCAUAGUGGAGAGAAACCUUAUAAAUGUAAAGACUGUGACAAAGCCUUUAUCCUAUGCUCACAUCUUUCUCGACAUCAGCGAAUUCAUACUGGAGAGAAACCUUAUAAAUGUAAAGACUGUGACAAAGCCUUUAUCCGAUGCUCACAUCUUUCUCAACAUCAGCGAAUUCAUACUGGAGAGAAACCUUAUAAAUGUAAAGACUGUGACAAAGCCUUUAUCCGAUGCUCACAUCUUUCUCGACAUCAGCAAAUUCAUACUGGAGAGAAACCUAAUCAUUUUACAGAACGUGGCCAAACCUUUAUUCGGAGUUCAACUUUAACUGAACAUCAUUGAAUCCAUACUGGGGAGGAACCACACAAAUGUAAAGAAUGUGGCAAAACCUUUAUUACAAGUUCAUAUCUUACUAAACAUCAGCAAAUCCAUACUGGGGAGAGACCAUAUAAAUGUACAGAAUGUGGCAAAGCCUUUAAUCGGAACUCAAGUCUUACUCGACAUCAGCGAAUUCAUACUGGAGAGAAGCCUUAUAAAUGUAAAGAUUGUGGCAAAGCCUUUAUCCGAUGUUCAAAUCUUACUCAACAUCAGCGAAUUCAUACUGGGGAGAGACCUUAUUGUUGUACAGAAUGUGGCCAAACCUUUAUUCGGAGUUCAAUUUUAACUGAACAUCGCCGAUUCCAUACUGGGGAGAAACCAUACAAAUGUACAGAAUGAGGCAAAGCCUUUUUUACGAGUUCAGAUCUUACUAAACAUCAUUGAAUUCAUAUGGGGUACAAACGCUAUAAAUGUACAGGGUGUGGCAAGGCCUUUAUUAACAGUUCUACUCUUAUUAAACAUCAGCGAAUCCAUACUGGGGAGAGACUGUAUAAAUGUACAGAAUGUGGCAAAGCCUUUAAUCGAAACUCAAUUCUUACUACACAUUUAUGAGUUCAUACUGGAAAGAAGCCUUAUAAAUGUACAGAAUGUUGCAAAGCCUUUAGUCAUAGUGGUUGGCUUACUAAACAUCUGAGAACACACACUGGAGAGAAACCCUAGUAAUGGAACAAGUGAUGGGAGAGGUUUGCCCUAAACAUGCAUCAGAAAACACAAGUUUAUACAAGAAACCUAUGGAAAGGAUGUCACAAAUAUGUAGAAAGGUAUCUAAUAAAAAAAUCAAAUCUAAAUAAAUAUCAGACUGCAUACUAGAAAGCAUUUCAUCAAUCCUCUUUUCUGAAGUUUCUAUAAAGGAGAAUUACUGUAGAGAGCAAUCCAUAGUUAAAACACAUAGAAAAUGGAUAUAUUAGCAUGGAUCAUGAGAUGAAGGUUGAUGAUUCAAAAGUUACAAUUAUUACCAAUGUAUCCUUGCUUAUAAUCACAUGAUUUUGAGAUUAUUUGAAAACCAAAAUGAAUGUAAUUCAAUGCUCAAAUAAUGCAUAAUGUUUUUCAUUUCUAGUGUGAAUGAAAACAUAGGUUUUUGAGUUUAUACUUCAAAGAUUAGCCUUUUUAUAUUGUGUUGAAACCAUUUCUAUCUAUUAUUCUCCAUUAGAAGAUGGAUACCAUAAUGUAAAAUGGACAAUGACCAUCUAAAUGGGGGUGUUUGUCAUUGAUGUGAAAUAUCCCUGGAGUUGCCAUGAUGUAAGUGAUCAGGGAAUCUUUCCAUGUAUUAAGGUAAGACAGAAGUUGAUUCUAAAUUUUCAAUAGUUAUAUCACUUGAUUUGUAAGAAGAACACAAUGACAGUUCACUGCAAUAUUGAUGUAUCUUUAUAAUAUCAACACAAGUCAUGAACAGUACUUGACAAUGUUGAAAUAAAGACAGCUUCUGUGAUAACCUAGAAAUGUAUUAGAAACCUUUCCUGGAAAAGGCAUGUGAUUAGUGUAUAUCACGUUUACUAAGUGUUUCCUAGGUUUUGUUUUAUAAGCAACAAAAAUCACAAUCUUUACAUCAUUAUAUGAGAAAAAUGAAUAUCUUUCUUUGUACUUCUCAUCUGUAUGUAAUUUGUAAAAGGUUUUAUUUCAACUAUGUGUGAAAUUAAUACAUGGUUAAUAAUA